AUGAGCGCUUGGUCCCCACGAUCUUCCAAGACGUCCAAGUCUUACAGCAGUCCGCUCAGCGCUCGGAGUAGCAGUGAGUUUACGGUUGUCAAGGACCGACGUUGUCUCGUGGAUUGGGUCGCUGAUGGAUCAGGCUCUGAGAAACGCAAGUUCUGGGGGCGUUCCCCAGGGCCAGUGGACCCGUUGAGUGUGGCUCAUCUCGCUCGGCUGGGUUUCAAGCGCGAGACUGCCCGGAAUGCGCUCGUGUACGCCCGUAACAAUGUGGCGCUCGCCAUUGAGCUAGCUAUUCACGAUACGCACGACGACGGACCGAUUCCAGACUGCCCUGUCUGUUCCUCCAAGGAGGAAGGUAGUCAUCUGCGGCACUGGUUCAUUGGCCAGGACAUCUGUCGCCGGCCGUCGCCUGCUGUACCCAACGGUGGUGCUGGCCCUGCCUCUCCGGGCCUCGAGCAGUCGACGACUCAUGAGCCUGCCAGCCCGGAGACCCCUCGUUUAGAGACCCCACCGUUCACACCGUUCAUGAUGGGUCCACUGCCACCGACGCCGACCUUGGCAGGCCAGCCCUCUGCGUCCACCAGCUACCGACGCAUGACUCCCGCCGGCCUCCAACCGCCAGCAAUGUACACCCAAAACAAUUCCGGUGGCGACCUCUCGUCACGGUCGUCACACCCAACUGUGUACGACAGCGCCUACAGCAUCUACUCGCCCACCAUGAUCCCCCUCAACGAUACCGAAGCCGGUUCCCGGCCCUCGACGUAUCUCACUGCGUCGGCCAAAUUGUCACGCGAUGACCUGGGAUCGUAUGCGCAGUCGACCCCGCGACUGUCGCGAGAAGAUCUCGCCGGCACCUCCUCGUCGGGAUACUCGUCUUAUCGGUCCUCGUACACAGCCAUGGUGUCUCGAGAUGACGACUCGUACCGCAGCCACACACGAAACCACUCCGGUGGCAGUGGCUUUUACGGGUGGUACAACUCGCCCAGUGGACCAGGAGGUAGCGGUGGUCUCAGCAGCGGGAACAGUGGUGAAGACCUGAAGGCGUUCACCCGAGGUUCACUGGGAAUUGGAAGGGCGAUGUAG